UGUUGAAGCACCACAAGAGGAUGAUGGCUUGGUGCGCAGAGUCAAGCUUCAAGUUGGUGAUCGAAAUCCAGCAAAGAAGCAGGGUACAACACACAAACCUCACAUUAUUGAAAGACCUGUUCAAAAACUUGUGGUUCUUUUAGAAAGUCACUAAUUGAUGCUCAUUAGUCUCACAUCAGACAUUAUGUCGCUGAAGGUUAAUGUGUGACGUUAACUGUAUUUUUGUUUGUUCACUUCUUUAACGUCCAUUUGUCAUGCUUAAAAUCAUGCAUGAAUCGUUGAUAAGCUCUCAUCAUACAUGAUUUGGUGGGAGUGUAAAUGCCCGUUCCAUGUUUUAUGUCCUGUUUGUAGGUUGUUACCCAUGGUACCCAGUAGGGGCGCUGUAGUUUGGUUCAUGUUGAGUUAGUGCCUUUAUUUAAACAGUAAAAUAAGAUGAAGUGUUGCUAGCYUCCUGUCAGUCAGCACUUUGGGYUGAAAUAUCCCAGGGACAAGAGGAAGAAGAGGAUAUUCUUCAUCUUAAUGACUGGACUGUAGCACACUCUUCAGAACAGGCUAAAGACGGCACAGCACGGACUUUACCGCCAUAAACUUUGCAGCCCUUGGACAGCGGAGCGAGGAUCACACGAGGUAAUCCUGCCCGUCUUCACAUAGUGACUCCACUCUGACUGACGGGCUGAUAAAGACACAACAAGUGACCCGAUUAAAAAGUCAUAGGAAGAAACCAUCGUUCUAGAGUGGUCAGAGUGAGAGACGAGCACAUGAGGAGCAGAAACGUCUCGCCAUCUACAUCCUGACGAGUAACCUUGCUUCUGCACCCCACCACACGCCCCCCAACUCCAGAAGUGGGCGUCAGCAGGAAGGAAACAAGUGACCACUCCUCCUGCAGGCAUGAGGUCCUUCCGUUCCUUCAGCAACGAUGACCGCCAUGUCAUGGCGAAGCACUCCACCAUCUACCCCUCCUCGCAGGAGCUGGAAGCCGUUCAGACGCUGGUGUCCACCGUCGAGUGUGCGCUCAAGCAGGUCGCCGAUUGGCUGGAUCAGAGCAGCAGCGACGCCCCCAACAACAACAACAACAACUUCGACAGCCAACCAGCAGACAGCACAGAGGAGGACGAUCCUGGUGAGGUGCCCAGGGAAGAAUCUGAGGAACCCAAUGAGGGAUACAGCAGAGAGCCUGGCGGUGGUGGCAUGCUCUGUGGAGUGAUGAGGGUCGGUCUGGUGGCCAAAGGACUCCUGAUCAAAGGCGACAUGGACCUGGAACUGGUGCUGAUGUGCAGAGACAAACCCACACAGACACUGCUGGACACUGUCUGUCACAAUUUACCCACACAGAUUCAGAAACUGACAGAGGAGAAGUACGAGGUGUCAAGCUCUCCGCCUGAGGCGGCCAUCCUGGUACAAACUACAACAGAUCCGAAGCUUAAGCUGAAGAUCACCCUAACCUCACCAGCCAUGAGGGAAGAUGAAGAUCUUGAGGAGGAGGAAGAAGAGGAGGAAGGGGAAGGGGAGGAAGAGGAGCUGGAGAACGGGGAGGACGGAGAAGAGGUGGGGGAGCAGGCAGAAGCGGAGGCAGAGGUUGUAGAGGAGGAGCAGGGACAGGAAAAUGGUGAAGUGUUGGGCGCUGCUGCGCACACAGUGGAGGCUGAGGAGGAGGGGGAGGUGCUGGAUAGACACAGAUGUCUGUUGGCCCUGGCAGCGCUGCGACACGCCAAAUGGUUUCAGGCUCGAGUGAACGGACUUAAGUCCUGUGUUAUCGUUCUCAGGAUACUAAGAGACAUGUGCAAUAGACACCCCAUUUGGGAACCUCUCAAAGGAUGGCCAUUAGAGCUCAUAUGCGAGAAGGCCAUCGCCACUUGCAACAGACCCCUUGGAGCAGGAGAGGCGCUGCGUCGAGUCAUGGAGUGUCUGGCGUCAGGCAUACUGCUCCCAGGUGGUCCAGGUCUUCACGACCCAUGUGAGAAAGAGCCUACAGACACUCUUGCCAACAUGACAGACCAGGAGGCCGAGGCCGUCACCUACGGCGCGCAGUAUGCUCUCAGACUCAUGGCAUUCGGACAGAUCUACAAGGUGUUAGAGAUGGAGCCUCUUCCCUCACAUAAACCAUCACAGAAAUAUCCUUGGUCUGAUAAAGAAGGUUUAGGGCUAAAGAGGCCAUAUGAAGAUGGAACGAUGGACGACAAGGACCUCAUUAAGAAGAUGAAGAGGAACCUUAGGAAAGUCCUCGACAGUAAAGCCAUAGACUCCAACCAGCCAAUGAACGCCCUGAUGCGCUUGAACCAGAUCCGACCCGGGCUGCAGUACCGCCUGCUGUCCCAGUCGGGGCCAGUCCACGCCCCGGUCUUCACCAUGUCUGUGGAUGUGGACGGAACCGUCUACGAAGCUUCCGGCUCCUCCAAGAAGACAGCCAAGCUCCAUGUUGCUGUCAAGGUUCUCCAGGCGAUGGGCUACCCGACAGGUUUCGACUCGGAUCUGGACCCCAUGAGCUCGGAUGAGAAGUCUGACAGCGAGGGAAAGAGUGAGACCUCCUCACACUCCAGCAAUAACCCAACACACUCCUCAGACGGUUCCAACACACUGGAGGUGCGAACUCAGGGUCCCAUCCUAACGGCGAGUGGGAAGAAUCCUGUGAUGGAGCUGAACGAGAAGCGACGAGGCCUCAAAUACGAGCUGAUCUCCGAGAGUGGAGGCAGCCACGACAAACGCUUUGUCAUGGAGGUGGAGGUCGACGGGCAGAAGUUUCGUGGGGCUGGCCCCAACAAAAAAGUAGCAAAGGCCAGCGCUGCUCUGGCAGCCCUGGAAAAACUCUUCUCUGGUCCCAACGCAGCUGCAAACAAGAAGAAAAAGAUUCUGCCUCCGACCAAAGGAGCGCUGGCGGCGGCGGCAGCGGCCUCGGCAGUAGCAGCACAGGUAGCAAGAGGAAGAGGAAGAGCGGCGCUGGCAAGAGGAGCCUUCGUCAGUGCAGCUGCACCUGGAUACGUCACACCGGGCUUCGGCACACCGUACGGCUACAGCCCGGCCGCAGCAGCUGCUCCUGCAUACGGUGGUCUGUUCAUUGACAAUCCUUUCUACCAGCCGCGUACCAUCGCUCCUUUUAUCAUUCACCUCGGUCCGCAGGAUCUCUUCUCUGACUUCUAAACGCAGGAAGCUGUUGGGCGCCACUCAUCACACUUUUUUUCUCUCUCUCUCUGCCCACCGGACACCUGGCCGCAUACUCGUCCACCUGUUUGUCUGUCGGUCUGAGCGAGGUCGCCUCUUACUCCAUCCGGGCCGACGGAACGAUUGGCUCGCUGACCCGGAGCAGUUUUUCGAUUCGGUCAGAGAAACGGUCCUACCUGCUGACAAGAGAGCCGCCGCUUUUCUUUUUCUCUCUCCGCCCAGAUUAUCCUCCUCAGAGGAGAGCAAAAUUUACGCAAAGCAAUACUCGGAUUUUACGAGAAACGUGCAAGAGUGAGGCUGAACUUUGGUCUUUUUCGUAUAGCAAUACACCUGAACUCGUCUCUUAAGCUACUUGAGAAGAUGUGAAUGUCCCACGGAGGUUUUACUCAACACAGCAUUGCAAUAGCUGAUUCUGAUUGUAUAUUCAGUGUAUGUGUGUGUGCGUGCGUGCGUGUGUGUGUAUGUGUGACUAUAACAUGACUAUAUACACAUAUACCAAUGGUGUAUUUCUAUAACAAUGUGUUGAUGAAAAUAACAUUAAUAUAUAAUGAUGUACUUAUGUAAAUACUCUAUAAAGUCUAAUAAUUGUUAUAAAAUAUUUUAGAAUUAUAAAGUGAAAUGUAACUGUAAUAUCACAGCAUAGCUUUUCUUCCAGUUUUAUAUACACUGAGCAAUUGAAGCUAGUUCUAGAAAAUGCAUUAUCUUUGGUAUUCCUAUUAACCCGUGCUAGUAGAAUAUUAAUGCUUCCUACUUUCCUUACUCCUUUUCUCUGUCUUUGAUGUCUAUCUGAGCCUUUCUGAGCACGCUCUCUGCCGCCUGUGGUGUGUUUACACGGCCCCCAGACAAGAGGCGUGCCCUGCUGUACACACAACUCAAAAAAACAAAACAAAAAAAAAAACACACACACACACUUUUUGCCUGUCAGAAAGCACAUUUUAUAGUCUCACUGCUGGCAGGGAACACCGUUGUUAUGAGCACUCUUUGUAUGUGCGUUUAAUGUAUGUGUUUGCUCUAAUGUCCGCUCUCUUCCCCCUCUGCCGUUCAUGGACACACACACACACACCCAUCGACCAACAGAACAAUCGUGAGCUCCGUCUCGUUCGCCUUAUAGGGUCCAAAAGCACAGCUGGCUUCUCACACACUCCUAAGUUAUCGUCUUUGCAGCUCUUCCCUGUCGGCUGGCGGCGAUGCAGAAAAAGCUUAACUGCACAUACAGCACAAGCUAACUGGCAGACCUAAUUACAGAUAUAGAAAAGAAGGAACUAUUCAGUGAGAACCGGAGGCAGCGUUUGGCCAUUUUUGUGUGCCGUUAACGUUUUGCUGAAGCUUUGACUAAAGAUUCAAGUCCAAUUCAGUCUGUUCUGAACUUGUGUUGCCUCACGUUAACAUGUGGGCAUUGAAAUAGUGUUUGGUUUUUACUGUCAAAAAGAAAAAUCUGGGAGGAAAGUGUUAAGAAAUUUCGUGAAUUUGGUCUAAUUUGCUGAUUUUUCUGAGGUUGGGGUUCUGUGGAGUUAUCAGUAGUCAGUAUGUGUCUCGGCAGCAGAAACUAACGGUAGAAACGGGGAGCGGUUUUUUAUUAAACUUUAGGAUGUUUCCUCUGCAUUACUUUGGCAUGAUUUAAACAGGUAGGAUAUGCUCUACAUGCUUUUCAGCAUAGGUUACAUGCAUGUGUCACAAUGGUUUGGCCAUUUGACUUUAGUUGAAUCUUGGUCAGGACGUCACUUUGGGAAGUUUGCAUGUUUUUCCAGCCUCCACUGAUAGUCCAAAACGGUAUGUUUGGUUCAUUGGCAACUCUAACUUAGUUGCAUGUGUGCAUGUUUGAAUGACCUGUUGCUCUCUGUUCUGGCAUUUUCUUGAACUGUUGACCUAUGUAUGGGAUAUUUUGCCUCUUACCUGUUGAAUGUAAAAGGCAAAGUUUGAGUUGUUUAUGAUUGGUGAAACCAAUCAUAAACUAUAUUCUUUAAAUCUGCUGUUAACUUCACUUUCCAGAGAGAAUUCCCCAUAUCCAGCAAUUUCUUGUCCGCUUUCUUCCUCAAGUAGUAUAUUGACUACUAAUAACUACUUCACAGAACCCUAAUUUGACACCAAAGCUGUCAUUUUCAGACCCUUUUUUUGUUUGUAUUUUAUUUAAGUAAGUAAAGUAAGUAAGUAAGUAAAGGCAUGGUUCCUGCAUAUUCAGUUGUGUUUUAUUAGUAAUCUAGUAUCUGAGGGGAUUUGAAUGAAUAUGCAUUUAUAGAUCCUGCAGAACACAAAGUUCAAUAAAAUUGUACAUUAUUUUGGUUUAAAUUUAUUGCUAAGCUAGAAUCAGCAAGAGUCUGUGGUCAGCUCCUCUUGGCAAGUUAGAGGCUCUUCACCCGCAUUGUUUCUUCUUUCCAUCCUUUAAAAGAAACCAGGUGUCAGCCAGCAAAGGGAAAAAUCGAAGGGAAUGUGCUUCAGAUGGCUUUGAUUCUCCCGUUACUCACUCUGAACUGGGCGCACCGCUUUGAUGUGUGGAGCUUAAAUUAAUCAGGAAUGACAUCUGAGGAAAACGUCGAUACGUUUUUGAAAGUUAAUUUUUUCAAAACAAUAAGCCAAGUCCUUAUUGUUAAAGCUGGAUUUUUGUGAAGCACAUUAAUCACGCAGAUCCCGACUCUUGAAGAGAAAGCAUGAUCCGCCGACUAAUGAUAUUGAUUAAUUACAUAGAUAAUAUUUGAGAUAAUCUUAUCCAAAAGUCUGAUUUAGACGGUAGCUCUGCUUGGCUCCUGUGGCGGCUUUACAUGCACGCUGUAACACUCGGUUGUGUUAAAACAGACCUUCCCUGUCAGCUGAGUUUUUCUGCCUCCUCUCUCUGCCCCUGCGCUCUCUCCCCAGAUGGCCCUCAUUAAUAAGGCAGACAGUCAUACCUCAGUGAGCAACCUUUUCAUUUCCCCUCAGACCGAACAGACACGUAGGAGGAGUCACCCUGACUGCUGACCCCGUCCUCUUGGCUGUACGGCCGCGCGCAGAGGACGGGCAGCGGAGCGAGAGCUCAGACAAACACGGCCGACCUGAAAGUGGCACAGGUGGUCCAGAGGGGGAAGGUUCCAGAACAAGGCGCAUCCACAGUCAAAGAGGCGCUAAUACGCUGCAGAAGGCCGAGGUCCCAAUGUGUGUCGCUUGUUAAGAGCGGAGUAAUGGUGAAAUAUGUGGAACAGUCAAACUGGGUUGCAGUCUGCAGGACUGUGCAAAAGUCUCAAGUCUUCCAUCAUUCAUUACGUUUUGCCUUCGUGGAGUAAGACUUCUUUGAAGCUUUGUUUUGUCUUGAAGCAAUGUCUCAUCAGACAUGAUGAAGUUCUUUAUUUGGACUUUGGCUGCUUGGUGCACAACAAAGACAAAAUUGAUCUUGAAAUGAAUAGAUCCUAAACCUAAAGGACACUGUGUUCUGUCAACACAGAGUUCAGCCAAGACCCAACUUUAAAUGUGAUCUCUACACAGAGGUUUUCAAACGUUUCAUAAGUUUUUCAGUUAUAAUCAUUUUCCUAACCGUUUUCAACGAGAAAAACAGGAGGACUUGGAGUAAUUUGUUGUGGUGUCAAUUUGCAAAAAGACAAAAUAAAGCCUAAUUUUUUUAUAUGAAAGUUUUGAGUUGAUAAGUGUAACAGCAAGGGUAACAACAACUCAGAAUGUAUAUUUCCUAUCAAUGAAGUACAAGUGAAAGAACAAAAUGUCAUUAGUUUGUUUUGCCAACAGCCUGUUUAAUGAUUUUCCAACUUGGAACAAUAACACGGUUGAGUUUGAUUUGUUGUUUCCAGAUGGAGGUUCUAGCUACAGAUGCCAGUAGAACAGGUCAGUCACCACCAACACUUUUUCCUUUUCUUUUGAAAAACGGUUCAGUGACGAUUCUGGGGACUCGUGAUUAAUUAAUCUCAUUUGCUGUUGGUGCUUAUUGGCUUCAAGUCACAGUUAAUUUGUUUGUAUUUACCUUCCUAAUAGGUAGCACAAACAGGAGUACAACUAAAGGUUGCAACGUGAGCUGGAUAGUGUGGAUAGGAAAUGAGUGAAAUAGCAGCUAAAGUCCAAAGAGGAACUUUGAUAGAUCUUCAAAAUCUGUUGAGCAAGGUUACCUUGAAGUACUACCAGAUCGUUUCAAACUUGAGGCAAAAGAAAAAAGCAGUUUUUCAAAGACUUGAGCUCUGGUUUGCAUUAUCACUAUCAAUUUAAUAAUGAAUUAGUCUGUUUUUCCAGAAAUACUAUGAUAUUCUAUAUUGUGAUGUAUUGGUGGUUUCCCUGACAAAAAAAAACUAACAAAAUAGCAAUCAUGUAAGAAAAAUAAUAUUUUCAAUUAUCCACAUUUAGUACUGACAUUUUUCUUGGCAGGUGUGUGUAAUCAUGCAACCAACAAAAUGACUAAUCUCCAGUAUUUGUAACAGAUUCGGAUGCCUCGUGUUAGACAGAGUAGUGUGCGAAGUGCUGGUCCUGUUUCGUCAGCUGAAGCGAUGGUUUUCCAGACAUUUGAAUCUUCUUUCAACAGAUCUUCUAAACAAAGCACAAAUUGCACAUGAACAAUACACCUGCACAUUGUACUCAGGGCCACCUGACAGACACACACAAACACACGCACACACACACGCGCGCGCAGACGUAUGCAAACAGACAAACACACCCAAGCACACUUGUAAUCAAAUGUAAAUAUGUCAGCUUUUAAAAACUAAGCACACAUACAUGAUGUGAUAUCCUCUCUGCUUUGUCGAUUGUAAAUGUGUGUGUGCAGUGUGGAGUCACACGUGGUUGAACCUUGUUUGUUCUUGAGGAUUUGAGCCAUGUUUAGCUGAGAAAACACGUCCCCCACCUGCUCCGUUUAUUAUCAUGGUGCUUUAUGAGGGGCUGUCUGUAGCACUGUACAUAAUGGGUCUCUGCUGGGAGGGGACAGGGAGGAGUUCUGGCUUCCUAACAACAACACACAAAAGGUUUUAGAUGCUGCGAAAUGUUUGGUAGUUCAGUUGCCGUGAGGGACUUUUCUUUUAGCUUCUGCUUGGAGCUCAAUUAUUUGUAAUCUUUGGUAAAACUGUUCAUUUUUAUUUAUUUUUUCCUCUAGGACAGGUUUAAUCCAGACACCAAAGACUUCCAAAGGCUUUGUUGCGUAAAUCUGACCAAUCUGAGAGUCUCCUUUGGAGUCAUGUGCACAGUUUGGAGGCGUGCGCGCAAAAAGGUGCGCAAAAAGGCCUGAGCAUUGUGCAGUGUGAACCAACGGAGAAUCUUAAAACACCUUUUUGUAAGAAAAAUCUCCCGUACUUAACCUCAGAAAGCAAGCGGUGUGCUGCAUUAAGAUAGAAGAAGCAUUUUGAAGAUCUGUCCGACUCUCCCGUUCUCGUGUUCCAAUGAAUGUAGCAAAACAAGCUGACCGCUGAACUCAUGGUUCACCCCUCCACCCCCGAGUGUGUGUAGGUGCAUCUGUGUCAGAGGACGAUGGCGUGGCCGUUUCACACAUAUGCACACGCAAUACCGCAGUCCCAAUGAGCAUGUCGUUGCAUACUUUCUGGUCCGCUGAUUGUUGAAGCUCCUCCUGAUUAAAAACGAUCAAAACAUUUCUGUUGGGAAUGUACACUGUUGCUGUAGUGAUUGUCAUGUAGAAUGUAUUUGCUCAUAGGAAGAGUAAACUUGCUUUUUUUUGUAAAGAAGCAUAUAUACAGAAUAUAUAUGGUUGAAUCCACACACAUAUAUAUAAAUAUAUAUAAACAUCUAUAUAUCUUUUGAGCUGCCUGUGUGUGAGGGUUACUUUGGGCGCAUCUACCCUGUUAAGAUUCAUAUUUCUUUCCGGAUUUGAUUUGAUUUUGUUGUUUCCAUUAAUGCCGUUUUGACAAAUGUAGUGUCUUACGAGUGUUCAGGUUUUGUUUUUGUUUUGUUUUUUUUCUGUGUAAAUAUAAUUUUUAUUUUGUUUUUUACAAAAAGGGGUUUUAAAAAAAGACUGUUUUACGAUGCUGCCUAUAAUUUAACAAAGUGAUCUGUUCACAGAAUCUAUUAAUUCAUCAAAGUUGUGACACGUGUUGAGGUUAUGGUGGACAGAAGCCGUUGAUGAUGAAGAAUGAGGUUCGUUUGUCACUGAUGCUGACAUAAAAUAUGCUUGACAAACUGAAAAUAAACUUGGGAAGUACUGAA